UAUAAGUCACCAGUUUGAAUUUUCGCUUGGUGAUAAUGGAGUCUGAGAUGAGUAGAAGAUAAAUGUUCCAGCUUGUUCCAGCGUUUAAGUGCAGUUUUAACAAGGGUGACUUAAGUUCUCUCUUAAUCGUUCAAAUCAAUUCCAAACAGGCAAAAAGUUAAUGGCGAAGUGUCGAAUGCUUAUCCAGGAGAACCAGGAGCUUGGAAGGCAGCUGACCCAGGACUGUAUUGCACAGCUUGAAGCAGAGUUGGCUUUGCAGAAGAAAUAUAGUGAGGAGCUUAAAAGCAGUCAGGAUGAACUGAAUGACUUCAUCAUUCAACUUGACGAAGAAGUAGAGGGUAUGCAGAGCACCAUUCUAGUUCUUCAGCAACAAUUGAAGGAGACACGACAGCAGUUGGCGCAGUACCAGCAGCAGCAGUCUCUAGCUUCAGGCCCAAGUACCAGCAGGACUACAUCUUCUGAACCCAUAGAUCAGGCAGAGGCCACAAGCAAAGACUGCAGUCUUCUGGCAAAUGGACCAAGUAAUGGCAGUUCCUCCCUCCAGCGGACAUCUGGGUCUGGAUUUCACGGGGAGGGGAACACAACUGAGGAUGACUUUCCUUCUUCUUCAGGGAAUGGUAAUAAGGCCUCCAACAGCUCAGAGGAGAGAACUGUCAGAGGAUGUAGUAGUUAUAUAAACCCACUCAGUGCAGGGCAUGAAAGUGUAGACUCUCCCACGGGCAGUGAAAACUUUCUCACACAUCACUCAAAUGACACAGACUCCAGUCAUGACUCUCAAGAGGAGAAAGCAGUCAGUGGGAAAAGUAAUCGAACUGUGGGUUCCCGCCACAUUCAGAAUGGCUUGGACUCAAGUGUAAAUGUACAGGGUUCAGUUUUGUAAUAUUUUUCCAGCAAAUUUUUAUACAGUGUCAUUUAAUUUGGGAGAGGAUACUGUCAAAUUAAUGCAUACUUUUGUCACAAUUUGCCUUUUUGUGGGUGUGUUUUUGUUUGGUUCCUUUUUUUUCUUUUUUUUUAUUGCUUCAAUAC